AUGGCACAGCCUGAGCUACCUGUAGAACUCUGGAUCCUCAUCCUCUUGCACAUUUCUAGCCGCGAGCCCGCGAGCCUCGCCGCGGUCGUCAGCUGUCUCUCCGUCAGCUCCAUCACACGGGCGGCAGCGCUCGACAGAUCAGUGUGGCACAAACUUUACCGCGCUCGGUACACCCACACCCUUCCGGCGAACGAGAAGGAGCGCCACGCAAGACUUGGCUCCGACGCAUGGCACGCCCUCUUUGUCGAACGCUUCAAGCUCGACAAGACCGCCCUUCGACUCGUCGACCAUAUCCGCACUCACGCCGAUGACCGCCAGGAGCCCGCGAGCCGGCUCGUUUCGGACGAGAUGUCCUUCGACGUCUGGGACGCCUUGGAGCUCGAAUCACACCUCCCUGUACCUCGCGUGUUCCGCGAAGAAGCCGGAGAAGACAUGGCGCCCGACGAACUCCCGGCUCUUGAGCAUGUUCUUCCGCGCAAGUUCUGGGCGAAGACAACUUUAGGCACUAUUGCACGCAACCAUGCAGUCAAAGUCUGGAACAGGAGGAAUCUGCUCGAAGACCUCUACUCUUUUGAGGACGUCCUCGCCGGGCUCUCUGCCUUCGUAGACGAAUCGCCCUUCAAGAUUUUCAAGCAGUUAGAUGACCUCGCUGCGAAAUGUCAAUCUCAGCUGGACGUGCAAGCUUCGACCUGCGAUGUUCCCGCGCUGGCAGUACUCAUCCGAGACUUCCUGCGCGAUGAGGGUUUCGCAGUCGCCGAAAACGCAACAUUCUACCACCCACUGAACCAGUUCCCCCAUUUUUUCCUCGGCCCUGGACGCGGCAAGACCAUACCCAUCUCCCUCGUCUACACCUUCUCCGCCAUCUGCCGCAGGUUCAACAUCGCCGCCUCCUCCACAAACACCCGAGGCCGCGUCCUCUGCCACAUCGCCUCCCCCGGUCCGCACUGCGCCGACCUCCUCAUCGACCCCGGCACGACCUCCGCGCCCGUCGCCCUCCCGUGCCCGAACGCGCUCGACGCGCUCGCCGACCCCGACCACCGCUCGCUCGCGGCGGACGAGCUGCUCGCCGCGCCGCCCGCCGCGCUCCUGAUGCGCGUCGUGCGCAACCUGAUGUCCUCGCUCGGGACCGAGUUCUCGCGCACCGCGGUCGACUGGCCGACGUGGGCGCGGGUGCAGUACGCGACGUCGACCGCGUUCGCCGCGCUCAGCGCGGGCGAGAUCCACGUCGUGCCGCAGGUGACGGAGGACUGCGCGCUCGACUGCCGCGCGGUGCUCGUCGACGGGCUCCUGCCCACGCUGGGCGAGGACCGCCGGGCGGCGUUCGUCGAGCACCUUGACCGGCACGUCCGGUGGCGGGACGCGCGGACGCCGGAGAGCAUCUUCGUGGGGCAGGUCGUGCUGCAGCCGAAGGACACGUUCGCGGUCAUUCUGGGUGGAGAGAAUGGGUCGGAACAUGCAGUCCUCUCACAAGACGGGAUACAGGUCCACAGAGGUGCCGUCGCGGACUGUAGCUCCAGUCUCCCUCUCAAGCUUGAAACCGUACGCUGGAGUGCAAAGAAUCUCCCGAUGUUUGACAGAUUCUUCGAGGAUGCCCACAUUUCGCCCACGGGAGGGAAGCGCGGACGGAUUGUCACGACAGAAGAGUUGCAAUUCUUGUACCCUGAUGACCUUGCAGCGUCCCUGGAUUGGGCGCAGCAGGCUUCUUGA